GGGAGGAUCGUUCAGAUGCCUUCGAACUUCACGGCUCCCCCCUCUGUGAACAUAUCGCACGGUCUAAACACUUUCUAGUCACAGGAAGACUCCUGACUUUGUCUUGAAUGGCUGAUUCGUGUGUGAUCAAUCAACACCCUUUUACUAGUAUCGGUUUCUUUGAGCAGGAAGCAACAGGCUGUUUCCCAUGAUUAAAGAAGGUGAAUUCAUUUAAUGAAACAGGAUCAGCUGUCUUGCACUGGACUGUAUGGUCAUGUGAUUAAACAGCGCCACUUCGUCCCUUUUUCUCAAGCACACAGUGUCUGUGUACUUGUCUGUACCGGUGCCUAUGGUACUAUAAGCCACCACAGCCAGUCAUGUUUCCACCUGAGAGGGGAGACUGGUAGAGAGGAGCACCUUGAGGGCAGCAGAGCCUCACAGGAGCUUUCUCUCUCUCGUUCUUCGAGUUUAAGCCUGUGAGCUCUUCGCACUCGGACCCCCGGAGCCAGGCCACAAGAACAAGGACAGAUAUAAGCUGUGGACUGAGAAUGGGGACUCAGGGUGCAGCUCCUGCCUCUGACCCUCCCCGACAGGAUCCCCAGCAUCUCUCAUCCAGCCCUCUGCCCAGAGAGGCCCCUGUGUGCUACAGCUUUUGUGGAGCGAAAAUCAGAAUCUCCAGAACCUCUGUUGUUGUGCCCUGCUGGUAAACGCUGAGAGAUGAGGGCAUUUCCAGAAAUACCUGUCUCCACAGAGCCAGCCCCUCUGGGCCAUCGCCUGUAAGGAAUCACCUGAGCGUGAAGCAAACAGGAGUCAGCUGUCAGCAGCUGCUGCUUGUGAAGUCCCUCCAGUCUGGAACCAUGCUAGUUUACUCUCGGAGACAAUCCCUCAUCCAGCGGUGGUUUAAGCAGCACUGAACUUGUUGAGCGUUUAGCAGUUUGGUUUGUGGACUGGAAGCUGUUCAUUUCAGAGUAUUCGUAUCUGCAGGCUGAACGGGGGGCUGUAAUAAGCUAUUGGAGUGGUGAGCCGGUCUGUAUAGCGCUGGAGACUGAGCUGGCCAGUUGCUCCGCAGGGCAGCCCAAGAGCACAGCGAUGUCUCGGACACACCUGCCCUUCCUGAGGCCAGCCGCUGCCCAGCGUAGCUGAUCAGGGCACCCGGACUGCUUUUCUGCGGCACGUUGCCCAGCACAGCCCCGACACCCAGUGUCAGCCAUGGCCGAGGAGCCCCCCCCGCCCCAGCUGGACUGUGCCAUCUGCUGGAGCCCCUUCGACAACGCCUUCCGGACGCCCAAGCUGCUGGCGUGCCACCACGCCUUCUGCCUGGAGUGCCUGGCGCGGCUCAGCCUGGCGAUGGACCCCGAGCCGCAGGGGGGGCUGUCCUGCCCGCUGUGCCGCCGCCUCACGCCCCUGCACGACGCGCAGAGCAUCGCCGAGCUGCCUACAGACCAAGCCCUGCUGGACCGCCUGCGGCUGGAGGCCCGGCCCGUGGCCCUGGAGGACGGGCGGCUGUGGUACCGGGCCGCCCCGGCCCGCUCCUGGCUGCGGCGCAGCCGGCCCACGGUCUACACGCUCAGCCUGGACGUGGAGCGCCGGCUCCGGGCCGGGCAGAACCAGGUGGGGCCCGGGGAGGAAGCUCUGGUCUCCGAGAGCGAGGAGGAGGAGGAGGAGGAGGGCUGCUGGUUCAGCCCUCAGUUCCGCGUCUUCACCUACCUCACCUCAGGGAUCUUCGGCAUCUUGCUGCUGCUCCUGCUCUGCUUCCUGUGGGCCCGCAGGGACCUGUGGGUGGCACCCUGAGACCGGGGACCUGGAUACCCCUCCAGCAGGGGGGGCGGGGGAAACUGCAGAUUCCCACCAGUGGCUCCUUCCACAGGACUGCAGAGACCCGUAACCCUUGUGACACAAGGCAGCGCCUGCUGGCAGCUUACCUCCCCCUCCUCUGGCCCCCAGAACCCACCAGCUGCGCCUUGUCAGCUGCAGCAGCCUGAUGCCACUGCCCGGCCACUCUGUCCUUCACAGUGGACAGCAGCCCGAUGCCACUGCCCGGCCACACUGUCCUUCACAGUGGACAGCAGCCCGAUGCCACUGCCC